GAUCCUCCUGCCUCUGCCUCAGGACCAGGCAGGCGCAGUCCCUCCUGUGCUUUCGCACUGACACACCAGUGGGCUCCGGGGAAGGGCUCCCGCUCUGCUCGGGCUGGGAGGAGCUGCAGUCACGUCGAGGUGUUCACUGAGCGGAGAAGUUGAAAUGGCUGUGGCGGGGACCGCGCCUUCUGCAGCCGGAGCGGUGGCGUGGCAGCAAGCAGCGGUGGCGCCAUGGCGCUUCCUCAAGGCAGGGGUCCUUGAGUGCUAAGUGCAGCCAUGGCAUGAGGGAAGUCUCGCUGGCUGCUUGGCUCAUAGUUGAGGCACCAAGUACACUGAGAGCCACAGAAAGGCCCUCGGGAGCAUCCAUGGCAGGCCAGGACCCCACACUGAGCACAGAUCACCCAUUCUACGAUGUGGCCCGGCAUGGCAUCCUGCAGGUGGCAGGGGCUGACCAACUGGGGAGACUCAUUGUCACGUUCAGCUGCUGCCGGAUGCCACCUUCACACCAGCUCAACCACCAGCGGCUGCUAGAGUAUCUGAAAUACACGCUGGACCACUACGUGGAAAACGACUACACCAUUGUCUAUUUUCACUACGGCCUCAACAGCCAGAACAAGCCGUCCCUGGGCUGGCUCCAGAGUGCCUACAAGGAGUUUGACAGGAAGUACAAGAAGAACCUUAAGGCGCUGUAUGUAGUGCACCCCACCAGUCUCAUCAAGGUGCUGUGGAGUAUAUUCAGGCCACUCAUCAGUCACAAGUUCGGGAACAAAGUUACCUACUGCCGCCAGCUGCGCGAGCUCCGAGAGCGCCUGCCCUGCGAGCAGCUCCUCGUGCCCCUGGAGGUGGCGCGGUACGACGAGAAGCUGCAGAGAGGCCAGCUUCCCCCUCCCACCAAGACACCUCCGCCACGGCCACCUCUGCCCACCCAGCAGUUUGGUGUCAGUCUGCAAUACCUCAGAGACAAAAACCAGGGUGAACUCAUACCGCCUGUGCUGAGGGCCACAGUGACAUACCUGAAAGAGAAAGGGCUGCGCACUGAGGGUCUGUUCCGGAAGUCAGCCAGCGCCCAGACCAUCCGCCAGGUGCAGAGGCUGUUCAAUCAAGGGAAGCCCGUGAACUUUGAUGACUAUGGGGACAUACACAUCCCUGCUGUGAUCCUGAAGACCUUCCUGCGAGAGCUGCCCGAGCCACUGCUGACCUUCCGGGCCUACGAGCAGAUUCUCGGCAUCACCAGUGUCGAGAGCAGCCUGCGCGUGACCCGCUGCCGCCAGAUCCUGCAGGAGCUCCCGGAGCCCAACCACGCCGUCCUCCGGUACGUCGCGGACUUCCUGCAUGCGGUGUCCCAGGAGAGCAUCUUCAACAAGAUGAAUAGUUCCAACUUGGCCUGCGUCUUCGGGCUGAACCUGAUCUGGCCGUCCCAGGGGGUGGCCUCGCCGAGUGCCCUGGUGCCGCUGAACCUCUUCACCGAGCUGCUCAUCGAGUACUACGAGAAGGUCUUCAGUGCCCGGGAGGCAGGCAGAUAGACAGGCCCUGGUCCCAGAGGGUGUGCAGGGACAGACCUGCCCCAGGCCUCUCCAUACUUGUCCCACCUCCAGGUCCCCUGACCACAGCCAGAGACACUUCUCAUGUUGGGAAUGUCCCCUUGAAAUCCAAGCACAUAGGCUUUGUAAACUUGCUAUGUGUAAGAAUGGCCAGACUUGGAGGCUGGGGAAUUGGCUCAGGCGGUAAAGUGCUUGCUAUGCAAGCAUAACGACCUGAGUUCAGUCCCCAAUGCUCAUGUUAAAAAAGGGGGCGGGGGGCUGGAGAGAUGGCUUAGCAGUUAAGGCGUUUGCCUGCAAAGCCAAAGG